AUGGCCGACGAAGUUUACGAGGGUGCCAUUGGUAUCGAUCUUGGAACCACAUACUCCUGUGUUGCUGUUUACGAGGGUACCAAUGUUGAGAUCAUUGCCAACGAGCAAGGUAGCUUCACCACCCCAUCUUUCGUUUCCUUCACCGACAAGGAGCGUUUGAUCGGUGAGUCUGCUAAGAACAAUGCCGCCAUGAACCCAAAGAACACCAUCUUUGAUAUCAAGCGUUUGAUCGGAAGAAGAUUCGAUGAUCCCCACACCACAAAGGAUAUUCAAUCAUGGCCUUUCACCGUUGUUGACAAGGAUGGAUCCCCAUUCGUUCAAGUUGAGUAUCUCGGAGAGGAGAAGACCUUCUCCCCACAAGAGAUCUCAUCUAUGGUUUUGACCAAGAUGAAGGAAAUCGCCGAAGUUAAGUUGGGCAAGAAGGUUGAGAAGGCCGUCAUCACUGUUCCAGCUUACUUCAACGACAACCAACGUCAAGCUACCAAGGAUGCUGGUGCCAUCGCUGGUCUUAACGUUCUCCGUAUCAUCAACGAGCCUACUGCUGCUGCCAUCGCUUACGGUCUCGGUGCUGGAAAGUCCAACAAGGAGCGUAACGUUCUCAUCUAUGAUCUCGGUGGUGGAACUUUCGAUGUUUCCCUCCUUAACAUCCAAGGUGGUGUCUUCACUGUCAAGGCUACUGCCGGUGACACCCAUUUGGGAGGUCAAGAUUUCGAUACCAACCUCCUUGACCACUUCAAGAAGGAGUUCACCAGAAAGACCAAGAAGGACUUGUCCAACGACCCCCGUGCUCUCCGUCGUCUCAGAACUGCUUGCGAACGUGCUAAGAGAACCCUCUCCAACGGUGCCUCCACCAACGUUGAGAUCGACUCUUUGUUCGACGGUGAGGACUUCAAUGCUCAAAUCACCCGUGCUAGAUUCGAGGACCUUAACGCCAAGGCUUUCUCCGGUACUUUGGACCCUGUUGCACAAGUUCUCAAGGAUGCCAGCAUUGAUAAGAGCAAGGUUGACGAAAUCGUUCUUGUCGGUGGUUCUACCCGUAUCCCAAAGAUCCAAAAGCUCUUGAGUGAGUUCUUUGACAACAAGAAGUUGGAGAAGAGCAUCAACCCUGAUGAGGCUGUUGCCUACGGUGCUGCUGUUCAAGCUGGUAUCCUUUCCGGAAAGGCUACCUCUGCUGAGACUGCUGACCUCCUCCUUUUGGAUGUCGUCCCACUUUCCCUCGGUGUUGCCAUGGAGGGUAACAUUUUCGCCCCUGUCGUUACCAGAGGUCAAACUGUCCCAACUAUCAAGAAGAGAACCUUCACCACUGUUAGUGACAACCAACAGACCGUUCAAUUCCCUGUUUUCCAAGGAGAGCGUGUUAACUGCGAAGACAACACUUCCCUCGGAGAGUUCACCCUUGCUCCUAUCCCACCAAUGAAGGCAGGUGAUGCAGUUCUCGAGGUCGUCUUCGAGGUCGAUGUCAACGGUAUCUUGAAGGUCACCGCUACCGAGAAGACCUCUGGACGUAGUGCCAACAUCACAAUUGCCAACUCCGUUGGUAAGCUCUCAUCUUCCGAGAUCGAGAAGAUGGUUGCAGAUGCUGCUGAGUUCAAGAGCAGUGAUGAUGCUUUCAGCAAGAGAUUCGAGUCCAAGCAACAACUCGAGUCAUACAUUUCAAGAGUUGAGGAGAUCAUCUCCGACCCAACUAUGUCCAUCAAGUUCAAGCGUGGUAACAAGGAGAAGAUUGAGUCUGCUUUGAGUGAUGCUAUGGCUCAACUCGAGAUUGAGGAUUCCACUUCUGAUGACUUGAAGAAGAAGGAGCUCGCUUUGAAGAGAGCUGUCACCAAGGCCAUGUCCACUCGUUAA